AUGAAGAACCAGGAUUGCGAAUAUCCAAAGGAUGGAAGAACAGCAGUCGUGAGAGCUAAAAAGGAGGACAUAAGAUCGCUUCAAAAGCAGGUUGAAGAGCUAAAAGCUCAGAUUCGCGGACGGACCACCGCAGAAGAUGCUUCGAGCACGGAUGAUAUACAUCGUUGUGAGACCUCAGAUCAUAUCGAGUUCGGGCCUAGGUGUCCUAGGGACUGCACACCGGCAGCGGGCCGCCCAAAUGAAGUCAGCAGGCUGCCAUGUGCUGAUCCCAGCUCUUUGGAGGGCCGUCAAAUACAGGUCUAUGGUGCUACAAGUCUGCUACCUAGUUACCUGGAAGCUCCCUUGGCCAAUUUCCAGUCCAAAGAAACUGACGAAGACGCCUUCUUGAAAAACGUCACCCGGGAUCGACUCAUUGCCUUCUCGGCAAUUAUCAAACAGAAGGAGACUAUAAUAUACUCGACGCCUAAUAUUGCAGCGAACAUCGAUUUUGACGGUGUUCCUGUAGACAUGGCAAUGCAUCUUCUAGAGCUUCAUUGGAAUCGGCUGCAUUUUAUGUAUCUUCUGACAUACCGCCCGGUGAUCAUGGACAGCCUCUUCAACAGUGGGCCUUAUAUGAACAAGCUGCUCUUGAACGCUAUCUAUUUACAAAGCAGUCUAUACAGUGAUCGCCUAUCUUUGCGCUCAGACCCUGAUGACUCGCAAACGAUGGGCAUGUCGUUCUACGAGAGAUUCAAAUCCUUACUCAUCCACUACGUAGACAAACCCACUCUGCCCACCGUCGUCGCGCUGCUGACUUGUGGUGCUUGCCUACUGCAAUACGGCAAGCAAAGCGCUAGUUGGGUAUAUUGUGGUAUGGCAUAUAGGAUGAUCGUUGACCUCGGGUAUCAUUUGGAGGAUCAGAGGUGUUCUCAGAGUGGUGAACAUGCCAAGCUCUCAGCUUUGGACAAGGAGGUCAGAAGGAGGGUCUACUGGGGAGCAUAUGCUACUGACAAAUUCCAAUCCCUUUACCUGGGCCGGCCUCCAGGGCUUCAGCAAUGCUAUAGCAAUGUACCUCGGGAUUUCCUCGAUUCUUACGAAGAAUUGGAGGAGUGGAGACCGUACAUCGAUCCCCGAGCUCGACUUGGUGACACCAGUGUCCCAGUUUACCCAGGUCGGCCGUCAUAUGCUGUGAGCACGUUUCAGUGCUUACUCCAGCUCUCCGUUAUUACGGAAACAAUAGUAAACGCAUUCUAUUCGACUAACGAUGCUAAGGCAUCCGAGCAUAUUCUCGUGCAAAGCAGACAAAGUGUCAAAGCACAACUAGAUCGUUGGAGAGAGACCCUUCCAGGGCAUCUACUGUUUAACCCAGACACGGAUGAGACACCGCCACCACACCAAAUGACACUAUACACAACAUACUGGACCUUGGUCAUUCUGGCUGAGCAACCGUUUCUUAGGCGUGGUCAUUUCGAGUUCACUCCAAUCCCAGAGUUGCAAUAUGAAUCAAAAAAAAGAUGUAUCGAAGCCUCUCUUGAAAUACGAAACCUCAUUGCAGCGUAUAAAAAGGCAUUUUCGCUUAGACGCGCCCAAUACGGGAUUUCAUACGCGAUGUAUGGCGCAGUUCUUGUUCUGCUCCAGCACACUGACCAAGAUUGUGAGGAAUAUACUGAGGCAAUCCGGUUCUUUUGGCUUGCGUUGUUGGAAUGCCAAAAUGGAUGCGGCCAUGGAUUGAAAGGGCCGCUGAGGUUGCUCAAAUCACUAAUGCGUCGAAUUGAAAAGGUAGUACAGCGCAUUGACCUCGAUUGUCCAGGUACUACAGGCGGGCUGGCUUCCAGUGAUGUUCAAUUCGAGCCCACUCCUGCGACAGAAACUCUCGGGCAAGGGGAAACUUGGGGCGCAUCCUGGCUCAACCUAGAGACCGAGGAUUUAUUCUUUGCAGAUGAUACUAUAUUUGGCUUCUUCGCCCAAGAAUAA